GUGCAGUGUCUCGAUUUGGGACAGUUCAUCUUAAUCUUUGAUUKCACAAAGUUUGCGCCGUUAUAAUGGGAAUUAUUUCUAUUGAAGUAUCGGCCUUUUGGACGUUUCUGCUCUGUUUUGUGGGAAAUGUUGUCCAUGGAGCGGUAGUCGAUCGUCGUUCUGUUGCUGUAAAGUCGCCGGUUAUUAUUGUUCCUGGGACAGGGGGGAGCCAGCUAGAAGCGAAACUUAACAAGCCAUCAACUCUGCACUGGUACUGUCACAAGACCUCGUCGAGCUUCUUCACCUUGUGGUUGCAGAAAAGUUCACUUGUUCCUUUUUCUAUCAACUGUUGGGUUGAUAACAUGAGACUUGUAUAUGACUCAACCACUAAUACCCUACACAACUCUCCUGGCGUGACAACCCGUGUUCCAGGGUUUGGCCAAACCAACACCAUUGAAUACUUGGACACCGACAGCUUGAUCAAAUACUUUAAACCAAUGGUUGAUGCCCUUGUUUCGUGGGGCUAUCAACGAGGRACGUCUGUGCGUGCAGCUCCUUAUGACUUCAGAUAUGCGCCUGAUUCUGCAGRCGAAUACUUCACGAAGUUACGAGACCUGGUCGAAAAGACUUACGAGUUAAACGGCAAAAAUCAAAUAACGCUGAUGUCACACAGUCUUGGAUGUCCAUAUACAUUGGCUUUCCUUAAUAAACAAACCAACGAUUGGAAAAAUACCUAUAUCAAACAAUGGAUAACGCUGUCAGGAAUCUGGGGGGGUUCUGCACAGUUAAUGCGCCUUUAUGCAUCAGGCGAUUCCUUUGGAGUCCCUUUGGCCGACCCAUUAACCGUUCGCCAUGAGCAAMGAACUUGUUCUAGUAAUAAUUUCAUGAUGCCUAGUGACGAACUGUGGUCAGCUGAUGAGGUUUUAGUCAAGACAUCGGUACGCUCUUAUACGGUGAAAGAUUACGAUGCAUUUUUUAAAGAUAUCAACUUCCCUGAGGGUUCAUUUGUACGAAGAAAUGUMCAAGGUUUGAURUCACCGCUAUCCACCCACUCACCAAACGUUACACUUUAUUGUCUUUACGGAUCUGGUGUUGACACUCCCGAAAUGUACUCGUACGGAAACGGUGACUUUCCUGAUAAAGAGCCCACCGUAACCAAUGGAGAUGGAGAUGGCACUGUAAACGCGCGAAGUUUAAAGGCAUGCAUCAAUUUUAAGCAAGUUCCUCCAAUCACGACCAAGGAAUACCCUGGACGAAAUCACAAUGGUGUUUURAGUGAUGAAAGUGUCCAAAAUUAUGUCAAAAGUAUUCUAUUUCCAUAAAUAUAAGAAUAUUAAAUUA